UGACUCACGAGAUUUUUGGCUUGAACAGUGAAAACAUCCUGGUUAAUCUGCUGAUAUAAACCAAUGGCAGAGAUGUAUGAGAGAAUAUAAAAAAAAAUUCUGAUAAAAUGCAUGUUUUCACCUGUCGUUGACACUGACAGCCAAACGUCAUCAUCGGUAGUUCAGUCAGUCAGUCAGUCAGGUUCACAUGGGGAUUGCGGUUAGGGCGUCAGUCUGUGUCUCAUAUCAUCGCAGGGAUGAACAGCGUCUUCUCCUGUUCCUCAUCGGGCUCGAAAACCCUCGCAAAGAGAAAACUUCAACAGACUCGAAGUCUGGAUUCUGCGUUGAGGAGAAACGGCGCGACGCCUGCAGUCGUGAAUAGCGUUCAGCGGUUCUCGAGCUCCACAGCUGGAUUUACCCACAACCAAACCAUCUCUGAAGACCCCAGACUCAAACAGCGUCUUUCUUCGUCGAGUUUGUCGACGUCUCCAGACGCUUCGUCGAUCUCCAGCGUUCAUUUCAAACGCAACGCGUCCAGGGAUUUAUCGCUCAACCUCUCCGGUUCAAGCAACAUCUUCUCACCGAUAAAGUGGCUUCAAAGAAAGUUGCCUCAGGCGGAUGCGGUUUCCCACAAUAUCUGUAAAUCUGAGGGAGAUUUCACCUGUAAGAAAGCCACGGGUCAUAACCUCCACAUGCAGUCGGUGCCCAUCCAGAGUCUGUCGGAGCUGGAGAGAGUCCGGCUGCAGGAAGUGGCUCUGGUCCGGCUGACCAAACACUUUGAUUUGGGUUGCCAGAUCACCAUCCCUAAAGAUGGCCAGAAGCGGAAGAAGUCACUCCGGAGGAAGCUGGACUCUUUAUCAAAGGAAAAGAGAGACAAAGAGUCGGAGGCGCAGGCGUUCGGCGUGCCGCUGUCUCAGGUGAUCUGUAACGACCGGCGUCAGAAGCAGCUUCAGGACGAGCAGGACGAGCUUCGGCUCCCGGCGGAUCGAGUGUGUUCCCGCAGAUCCACCAAACACGAGCUUUCCAGCAGCAACUCCUCGCUCAGCUCCUCCUCGGAGACGCCCACCGACCCCGCGACCCCCGGCACCCCGGAGACGGCCCUGCGCACACGCCGACGGGGCGGCAUGUCUGUGGACUGCAUCACUGACCUGGACGACAGUCACUCGCGUCUCCUGGAGGCGCUACAGCUGUCGAUGCCGCUGGAGUCGCCCAGCGAGAAGAAGAAGAUGAGCGACGCUAAGCUAAGCCUGAACCCCAUUUACAGGCAGGUGCCGCGCGUGCUGGACAGCUGCUGCCAACAUCUGCAGAGAUACGGUCUGCAGACGGUCGGGAUCUUCCGGGUCGGAAGCUCCAAGAAAAGAGUUCGACAGCUGCGUGAGGCGUUCGAUCAGGGCACAGACGUGGCUCUAGACCAGAGGCACAGUGUUCAUGAUGUGGCGGCGCUGCUGAAAGAGUUCCUCCGAGACAUGCCUGACCCUCUGCUGACCCGAGAGCUGUACUCCGCAUUCAUCGCCUGCGCAUCUCUGGAGAAGCCAGACCAGCUCUUGGCCAUUCAGCUUCUGAUCUGUCUUCUGCCCGCCUGCAACAGCGACACGCUUCAGUGCUUACUUCACUUCCUGUCUGACGUGGCCAAUCACGCAGAGGAUUCCUGGGACGCUGGCGGGAAAGAGGUCGUUGGGAACAAGAUGACGUCUCUGAAUCUGGCCACGAUCUUCGGGCCGAACCUCCUUCACCAGCAGAAGAUCUCCGAGAAGGAGUUCAGCGUCCAGAGUUCGGCCCGAGUGGAGGACAGCGCCGCCAUCAUCAGCGUCGUGCAGCGCAUGAUCGACACACACCACACACUCUUCAUGAUCUCUGCGGAGCUGCAGAACGAGGUUCUGGUGAGUUUGUUGGACACUGACAGUGAUGUGGUGGAUUAUCUGAUGAGGAGGAAAACACCACAGUGUGACGAGUCCCGGCGCUCCAGCGGCGACAUCUCUCCGUACGAGAACAACUCCCCGGUGCUCUCCCAGUGGCUCCAUCCCUCGGGAACGCCGCAUCCCAGUCUGAACAUCCCGUCCUCACAGCCCGGCUCCGGGGAAACGCUGCAUGAAGAGCCCAGUAUCUGGCGAACGAGACACACUCUCCUGUCGGGACUUCAUGACAAACUCCUCACAGGUUCAGACGGACACCUGUACAAGCGCGUGUCCUCCGACGUCUUCUACGACGACCACAGCGACGCCAAACCUGCGCUACCGUCGCCUCCAAUCACAGCGAGCCGUCGGACUGCCUUCCACCAAUCAGAGGAGGCCACGGCGUGUCAUGCGGGCCAGGGGGCGGAGUCACGCAUCACUCAGCAUCCAGACUGGCCAAUGGAGAAGUGGCAGAUAUGGCAGCUCUUGUCGUCGGACAGCUUAGACACACUUCCAGAGACGAUGGUGUAAAACAGUAUUUAACAACGACAUCUAGAUGGACAAUAAUAAAACACUGAGACUGUCCAGUAAAUGACACGGUGAUUGUUGGGUGACUGGCCCUUUAAGAAGCGUUUCAUUUAAAAGCUUGAUUUUAAUUCGUCCACGACAGAGAUUCAGGACCGGUUCGACUGGAAGCGCCACGUUUAGUUAACUUUAGAACAAUAAGUAUUGAUAUUAAAAUUGGGGAUUCAUAUUUAAAGGUUUUACUGUUUUUUUUUUUUUUACUAAAUUAAUACUUUUAUUCAUCAAA